AUGGAAGGGACGAGGACGUUACUUCCGUUCAUAAUUCAGUUUGAACCCAAAGAGCGGGUCCCUGAGAACGAAGAACCCUCUCUUCUUUCUUUCAAACGCCAUCUCCAUCUCCUUCCUCAGGUCACUCUAUCUUCUCUUCUCUCAUCUUCCAGUCGCUGUUUUCGUUUAACCCUCGCCGUUAUCUCGCAUUAUGCUUUUUGCCUUGUUCACCGCUUCUCAUAUUGUGGAAUUCUGAUUCCUGUUGCAUUUGCCGUUUCAUGUAAUGCAGCUGAUGUUGAUGCUGCUGCUGCAGUCGCGAUGAGAUCGGUAUCGCAAGUUGUUUUUAAAAAUCUUGAAUCUAAUGUGAAGAUGUAUAGGUAG